GCACGCGUCGCUCGCGCACGAUGCGUGUUGCGCGGUGCUCGCGCUCGUCACUGCCGAGGCCAGGGGGGCGCAGUGGUCGCGCGGAGUCGCGCGCGCCCAGUCACGGUCGGUGCCUCGCUUGCCUCGGUCACACCGCACGUCGCCGCCGUAUCAUCGCGCACUAUUUUUGUUUUUAAAUCGCUUAAGAGUGCUAGUGAUAAUCCGAUACCGUUUCGCCAAUAGCAAGCUUCAGUGGUAGCUACGUGGACGACAAAACGGUGUGCCCGCUCUGUGCCGAAUUGAAAUUGUUCACGCUAACGAAACGUCGAGAUAAAUUCUUAGAGAGUGCAUUUACAGGGGAUUUUGUAGGAACAGUUACAGUAUCCUUGUGUGAGUUGAUAGUGUCGCCUUUUGUGAAACACGAUGAGGCCGAAAGAGGAGGCUGACAUGAAAGUCCAAACGGGGACCUUCAUUCUGUCGGAGAAAAUUGACGACACAAAGUCGAAGAAAAGCGAAAAAGAAAUUAAAAAGGAGAUGAAACGGCUCGAGAAAGAGAAACAAGAGAGGGAGAAGAGGGAUAAAAAAGCAAGAGAAAAGGAAAAAGAGCGAGAAAAACAAGCAAAGAAAGGCAAGGUGGUGUGCGCGUCGUGCGGCGGCAAGUGCAGCGGCGAGGUGCUGCGCGUGUCGGACAAGUACUUCCACACGGCGUGCUUCACGUGCCGCACCUGCGCCGCGUCGCUGGCGCGCGGCGGCUUCUUCUGCAAGGACGGCCACUACUACUGCCCGCAGGACUACCAGCGCGCCUUCGGCACGCGCUGCGCCGCCUGCAGCCAGUACGUCGAGGGCGAGGUCGUCUCCGCGCUCGGCAACACCUACCACCAGAAGUGCUUCACCUGCGCGCGCUGCAAACGCGCGUUCCCGUCGGGUGAGAAGGUGACGUACACGGGCGCGGAGGUGGUGUGCUCGAGCUGCGUGGCGGCGCCCGUGCGGCAGACGGCGCGUGCCGCCACGGCGCUCGAUGCGCCGCGCGCGCCCUCCGCCACGCCCGGCACGCCUUCCGCGCCCGCCACGCCCGCCACGCCGGCACACCACGACCAGAACGAGUGCGCGGGCUGCGGGCAGGAGCUGUCGGAGGGCCAGGCGCUGGUGGCACUGGACAGACAGUGGCACACGUGGUGCUUCGCGUGCGGGGAGUGCGGCGCCGUGCUGCAGGGCGAGUACAUGGGCCGCGGCGGCGUGCCCUACUGCGAGCGCGACUACCAGCGCCUCUACGGCGUGCGCUGCGCCUACUGCCAGCGGUACAUCUCGGGGAAAGUGCUGCAGGCGGGCGACAACCACCACUUCCACCCGACCUGCGCGCGCUGCAGCAAGUGCGGGGACCCGUUCGGGGACGGCGAGGAGAUGUUCCUGCAGGGCGCCGCCAUCUGGCACCCGCGCUGCGGGCCGGCGCCGCGCGACCCCGCCGCCGACCUCGACGACCCCGCCACCGACCGCGCCUCCGCGGACCUACAGUUCUCGCUGCGCUCGCGCACGCCCAGCGUCAACGGCUCCUACUGCAGCCCCUACAGUAGCUUGACCAGGAAGUACGGGUACCGCGCGGUGUCGCCGGGGCUGGUGCUGCGCGAGUACCGCGACGCGGGCGCGGUGUCCCCGCACCGCAUCACGACGUACUCGUACCUGACGAGCGAGCCCAGCUACCUGCGGCGCCCGCUGCAGCCCUACGACCGCGCGCCCGCGUCCCCGCACUUCCACCGCCCGCCGUCGGGCGGCUCGCGCGCCUCGUCCCGCGCCGGCGCCGCCAGCAAGGCGUCGUCGCGCCCCGCCAUGCGCGCGCUGGUCGACUCCAUCCGCGGGGACACGCCGCGCCCCAAGUCCCCGCACAUGAACAACGAGGAGCCCAUCGAGCUCUCGCACUACCCCGCCGCCUACAAGCCGCCGCCCGGCACCAAGCCCAAGAUCGAGCGCGACGACUUCCCCGCGCCGCCCUACCCCUACACCGACCCAGAGCGGCGCCGGCGCUGGUCCGACACGUACAAGGGCGUGGCCGACAGUGACGACGAGGGGGACGGCAAGGUGAACGGGAAGGUCAACGGGAACGGAGACAUCGACCCCAAGCUGCGCAGGGAGGAACACGAGCUCUCCAAGAUAGAGUCCGGCAUCGCACAGGUGUUCCUGAAGGAAGUCAAGGAGCGCGAGAAGCUGCAGCAGUGGAAGAAACAGAACCUCGACCCCCGCAACGCCAGCAGGACGCCGUCGGCGUCGCGCGAGCCGCUGCCGCGCCUGCGCUACUCGUCGCCGGUGGGCGCGUCGCCGUCGCGCUCGCUGGAGGCGCGCCCGCACGAGCCCGACGCGCUGGACGCGCCCGUGCCCUGCUACAACGUGGUGUCGUCGCUGCGUGCCGCGCCGCGCCCGGGCUACGGACUGGCGCCUCGAUCACACACCUUCUCCUCCUCCACCGCCGGGGACUUCACGUUCAGCGGGAUGGGAGACAAGACGCAUAGCACCGACUUCAGCAGCGGCAAGUCAGACAUAUCUGCCGGCUCCAUUACUGAUGUGGAUCGAAGUGCUGUGACGACGGACGGCGGCGUAGCGGCACGCGGCGUGGCGCGCGCGGCGGGCAGCGUGGCGGGCAGCGUGGCGGGGCGCUACGCCAGCGUGGCGGGCGCGACGGUAGCGACGGGCGCGGGCGGCGGGGCGGGCGUGCGGCGGUCGCUGCCCAACAUGGCGACGUCGCACCUGCUGCACGAGCCGGCCAAGCUCUACCCCUACCACCUGCUGCUCAUCACCAACUACCGCCUGCCGCCGGACGUCGACCGCCUCAACCUCGAGCGCCACCUGUCGGACGCGGAGUUCGAGGCCAUCCUGCAGAUCGGGCGGCAGGACUUCUACCGCCUGCCGCAGUGGCGCCGCAACGAGCUGAAGCGGCGCGCGCGCCUCUUCUAGCCAGCUCGGGGCGCAGCGAUGACGUCACUCACACAGCGGACGCGCCGCGUUCUCCUAACGAUGCCUUCUUGUACAAGAGAUGAUAUAUACAGAUACCUAUAUACUUUGAUAUAUAUUGUGAUUUGUGUGGGCGCGUCAAUUCGUUUUACAUUAGUGAGAACCAAAUAUAUUACGAUUUGUAAGAUAAAUAUUUUGUUAGAGUUUAAGUUGGGACAUAGAGGAGUAUACCGCUAUGUAUCGGUAGCUAUAUAAGUGUAGCUCGGAGUGACGCCACGUCACGACUUGGGUUUGCGUCACGCAAACUGUCUCUAGGUGCGGCGCCGCACUCGCUUACUUUGUAAGUCGUUGUUUUUAAUUUUAUUUUACGCAGAUAUUAUUUUUGGUUGCAAUAUACUUGAAACUAUUAUACCAAGGCAUUUUUCUUUCCGAUUGUUUCGGUCUAAUA